AUGGCCGCCGCUGUAGAGUCCGCGUCGCCUUCUUCUUCCAUCUACGCCCAGGUGGACAGCUACCCGUGGGACACGGAUGCUGAGUUCCAAGGCGGUCUCAGCGCCAUUCUGGGCUCCAAUCCGCCCUCUGACCGAGCCGCCGAGCUGACACUGCGCGCCCGCUGCUUCUAUUACUCCAGGAAGUUCAAUGCUUCCGUCGACUUCGACGCGUACAAGGCAUAUCGCGCGAGCAUAGGCGCCCCACCUCCCUCGCUCGCCGCCAACGGCCCGGCCACCGCGCCCGCGACAACAUCAACUCUGCCCGAUCCCGCUCCAGCUUCUUCGUCCGCACCCACCGCGCCCGCGACUGUUUCCGCCGUCACUGCACCUUCCGCCGCCGCUUCCGCCACUGCUUCCGCUGCCGUCCCGCCUGACGCGCCGUACCCGACGUCCUUUGCGCACAUUGUCGAGCUCAUCACGACGGGACAGCCGAUCCCGGGCAUCAAAGAGAUCCCGGACACCGUGUUAGCAGGACAGGGCACAGCACCCACCGCGUCGAAGCGUCGCAAACCUUGGGAGCGCGACCAUCGCCGGAACACUCUGUAA